AUGACAAACGAAUUGAUUCUUUUGACCGGCGCCACUGGCUUCCUUGGUCAUCGUAUCCUGGUCCUCGCCCUGCAAGCUGGAUACCGUGUUCGCUGCGCCGUCCGUUCAGCAAAGGGCAUCGACAAGAUUCUCGCCACCGAAAGCGUCAAAAAGCUUGGAACCCUCACUCGAAAGCUCUCUUGGAUUAUCGUACCUGAUAUUACGGCACCCGGAGCUUAUGAUGAAGCUGUUAUUGAUGUCCAGUAUAUUCUUCAUGUCGCUUCACCCGUAGGCGAUAUUCGAACCUGGGGUGAUUCAUCCACGUUGUCUGACGAAGAGAUUUUCGUCAAGCCCGCCGUAUCUGGUGUCAUCGGCAUGCUGGAAAGCGCAGCAGCACAUAGCCCAACUUUGAAGCGCAUCGUGGUUACCAGCUCUGUCGUCGCAAUCUUUCCGACUACAUAUUUUAUGGGCGAGGCACCUCCUCAAGAUCACGUGUUUGAUGCCAACUCGCGACUGGAGGAUCCAACUCCUCCAUACCCUCCAGGAUUCGCCUAUCAAGCCAGCAAAAUUGCUGCUCUGAAUGCAUCGGAAGCCUGGAUGAAGAAACACAACCCCAAAUUCGAUAUGAUCAGCUGUCUCCCGGCCUGGAUCUUUGGAACGAAUGAGUUUGCGACCAAGGCCGACGAUUUGAUGGGCGGAUCUAACUCGACCUUGCUCAACGUCCUGAAGGGCACAGAGUCCAAGGUUCCCGUCAACUCGGCUGUCGUUUCUGUUCACGACUGUGCUCAGGCGCAUUUAUUGGCCCUUAACCCGUCCGUGGCAGGGGAUCAAGCCUUCAUUGCUGGUCAACUCGAGGGCCUCGAGGAUGCGAACGGCAUUGCACGCAAGCACUUUCCAGCGGCCUUCACGAAGGGCAUAUUCUCUGACACAUGUCGACAAGCAACUACACGCAUUCCACAAGAUAAUGAGACGGCAGAAAGUGUGCUGGGCUUGAAACUGCAAAGCUUUGAAGACGUGGUGAAAGAGGUCGCUGGUCAAUAUUGGGAAUUGUCCCAAAAGAUUUAG